UGGCCGCAGCCACUGGUGGCCCGCGCGGCGCGCCCCUCGUCAUCGCCGGCCCCUCGACAGAUCAAUCCCAGUCACCAGGUCCCCGCCGAGAGCCGGCCACGCCAGCCGCGCCCCUCCCACGCCUGCCGCUGCUGCCGCCGCCCGAGGCACGCUAGUCGUCGCCGCGGUGCCCCGCCGUUAGCAGUGCCCUGGUCCCAGCGGUGCAGCCCUCACGCCCCGUCCGCGCCCCUUGUUAAUGCGUGCCGAGCCCCAGGGGCCCCCGGACACGCCUCCCCAGUGGCCGGCCGCCGCCCCAGUGCUGGAGUGAGGGGCGAGCAGACCGUAGCGGCGCCCCGCUAGCCGUGGCGGCGUGAGGGGCCCGAGGAAUGUUCGGGCUAGGCGAGGGCCUGCCGCAGCUGAGGGGCCCCGUCACCAGCCUCAAGGAGGAGCCGCUCUCCUCCACCCGGGCCUGGAUGCAGCCCACCAUGGUCGAGAACACCCACCCCAGCGUGGGUCUCGGCCGCGCCCACUUUGAGAAACAGCCGCCCAGCAAUUUACGCAAAUCCAACUUCUUCCAUUUCGUCAUCGCCCUGUAUGACCGCGCAGGACAGCCCAUUGAGAUAGAGCGCACGGCAUUCCUGGGAUUCAUCGAGAAGGAUCAGGAACCCGAGGGCCAGAAAACUAACAAUGGAAUUCACUACAGACUGCAACUCCUGUAUGCCAACGGCGUCAGGCAGCAGCAGGAUAUUUAUUUAAGGCUCAUUGAUUCCGUGGCUAAACAGGCCAUCGUCUAUGAGGGACAAGACAAGAACCCUGAAAUGUGCCGCGUUCUGCUAACCCACGAAGUUAUGUGCAGUCGAUGUUGUGACAAGAAAAGUUGCGGGAACAGAAAUGAGACGCCCUCAGACCCAGUCAUCAUAGACCGGUUCUUCCUCAAGUUCUUUCUGAAAUGCAACCAGAACUGUCUCAAGAACGCCGGCAACCCACGAGACAUGCGGCGCUUCCAGGUGGUGAUCUCGCAGCAGGUGGACGUGGCGGGGCCGCUGCUCGCUGUGUCCGACAACAUGUUCGUGCACAACAACUCAAAGCACGGCAGGCGGGCCAAGCGUCUAGACCCCACCGAGGGAAUGUUUGGUGAGUGGAGCCUCUAUCCGCCGCUCCCCGCCACGCCCUGCAUCAAGGCUAUCUCCCCCUCCGAGGGCUGGACCACGGGCGGCGCCACGGUCAUCAUCAUCGGCGACAACUUCUUCGACGGCCUGCAGAUCGUCUUUGGCUCCAUGCUCGUCUGGAGUGAGCUGGUGACCUCGCACGCCAUCAGAGUACAGACGCCCCCAAGACACAUCCCCGGCGUGGUGGAGGUCACACUCUCCUAUAAAUCCAAGCAGUUCUGCAAAGGAGCCCCGGGAAGAUUCGUCUAUGUGUCACUGACGGAGCCCACCAUUGACUACGGGUUCCAGCGGCUGCAGAAGCUCAUCCCGCGACACCCCGGCGACCCAGAGAAGCUGCCUAAGGAGAUCAUUCUGAAGCGCGCCGCAGACCUGGCCGAGGCGCUGUACUCCAUGCCACGCAACAACCAACUCGCUCUGCCCGCCCCGCGCUCCCCCGCCAUGAACCAGACCUCCGCCAUGACGGGAUUCAACACCUACACGGGCCAGCUCGCCGUCAGUGUGCAGGACACCGCCAACACACAGUGGGGGGAAGAGGACUACACGCGGGCGCAGGGACACGGGGUGGGCAUAGCCUCGCCCAGGGAAGGAUUCGCCUCCAAUGCCUCCACCCCACACUCCUCCGCCGGCUCCUCCUCCUCCUCCUCUUAUGGUUCCUCCCUCAACGCUGCCGCCGCCGCCGCCGCCGCUGGUUACUCGUCCCCCUCCAACUUAGCUAACAUGACGACCUCGCCCACUCUCUUCAACAGUACUGCAAACGGCGGCGGCGGCGGCGUCGGUGAGGGUCCCCCGGCGCACCACGCGGCGCUGCACGGUCACCACGCGGCGUCCUGGGGCAGCGCAGCGCCUUCCUGCGGGCCGCUCUUCUCUCAGUUCGCCAACAUGAGUUCUAAACAGCGCAGCGCCUUCGCCCCCGUGCUUCCCAGCCUGCCAGCCACCCCGCCUCUCACCCCCGUGGCCGCCUGCCCCGUCCCGCCACCCGCCGCCGCCACCACCGCCGCGGCACCCUGGCACCAGCUGCUGUCCUAGUGAAUGGGCGGGUUCAUGUCCUCCGCGUUCACCUCCAUGGGUCACUUCGCCCUGCCACCGUGCACCUCCCAAUCCUAUGGCGGCGCUCUCAUGCACCAUGCCGCCGCCAAGUGAUAGUGGGCACCCGUGGGCGUCUCGGCGUAUGCUGUCAAUGCCUAUGCUAUGCGCCCACCCCCCCACCCACCGCCCCCGCCCUGCCCACCUCACCCACCCGCCGCUGUGGUGCUGUGAAGUGAUCUGAGACGAUGCGGUGACGGUGAUGGCCGCCUCGACACCCACUCAUCUCAGUUCCUGCCCCCACUAACCCGCCCACCCCGCCCACCCCCCGCCCACCGCAGUGUGAAGUGCGGCUGAGGCAGAGGACAGAAAGACAGACACACACUAGCACUUCGUAUAAUAGUAUCGCGGUGUGUGAAGAUGUAGCGUGUGUGGAGUGUGUGUGCGCAGCGUGUUGUGUGAGGGAAGUGUGAGGAGAGGAGGUGGAGAAACACUUAGUAACACUUUGUUGACGCCGCGGAGUGCUUGUGUCCUUGUUGUGGCCCCGUGUCAAUGAAGGCGAGAUGUAAAUAGCUGUACAUUGGUCCCGCGUCACUGUCAACCAGAAAGGACUGUCAGAGAAGAGAGUGAGAAAGAGAGAGAAGGAGAGGGAGAGAGUAGAAAAGUUAACGACUAAAACAGUGAUGCGCUUUUGUUCUUUUGUUAUAAGUUACUCCGUGGUUACCUAUUAGGACAAGCCAAUGAUAAUUACCUUGUUUGUAGGUGUUGAUGCUGAUGAUGAUGAUGACUGGGUAUUGUUCUCCAGAGUUAUGAAAUCUCAGAAUCAGGUUUGUGACAGAGGGAAAGUUUUAAGACUAUUGAAAGCAGACCCACAAUUCCUUACCAGUUUUUAAAGAGAGUCGUUUUUAGCCUGACACAUUACCAGCGUUUCUCUUCU